AUGGAGAUGAUGCAGGCUAGACGAACGAGAAGUUCCCUGCAUGAGGAAGCUAAGGAUGACGAUGCAUUGGUAGAAAUGAACAUUCCUGGACUGUGCAAUGGCGAAGAAGAUGACGAACACUUGGACAGUUCUCAAUAUAGAGCUGCGGUGGAUGCUCUCUCGAGACAAGACUUGCGCACUGAACUCCUGAAGCAAGUCCGCGAACAACCUUGGUUUUCACAGCGAUCGUUGGCCUACCAAAAUCACAAACCCACUACUAGUCGGCGGGGGAGUAUGAAUGAGGAAAGCUUUAGCUAUGCCAAGGCGCUAGUAGAAUCGGAUGCGGAAUUGGAAAGGAUUUCACAAGAAAUUUCAACGCAGCUUCACCUGACGGAGAUGAUGGAGGUAGCAGCUCGUGCACAGAAAGCUGCGGAUGAAGGAUGUGAAACCUUUUCGGCCAGGCUUUCCUCCUUUGUGCCGGAACCAGUUUCGUUGGAAACAAGGGACGCAGAAGGACAAUCCGAUGCUGAACCCGUGGAACACAAGAAUGGACCCUUGGUGACAACGCCCGCAGGUCGAGAAUCCAAUCCGACAAGUCCGCCAUUUCGGCAUAUCGCAGAGGUGAUUCCCAGUUUUGAAACAGUCAAUAACCACAUGCGGACACAUCUUUAUCGCAAAAAGGUGGCCAAGGAAACACUCGUCUUCAAGGAAGUUGAGGACGGAGCAAAGAGCGAACAAAAUUUCAAUUUAUCUCCACGAAGUCAAGGAACGGAGAUCACGGCUGACUUUUUCAAGAAUCUGUCUGGAUAUUUUGGAAAAAGAGUUCGGUCGGAAGACGAGGACGAAAAGGAUGCCUCAGCAGCAAAAGAGACUGGAUUGGCUGAAUAUAGCAACGGAACCUUGGAGGAUCAUAUUCCAUUGGAUAUGUUAACCUCCUCUAUACCAGCCGUGGGCUCCUUGGCAUCCUUAAAUUCCCUGACUUUGAAACCAUUCAGCACAAUUCCUACCAUUGCGAAGGAAGAAGACGGGGCUGCUAGUUGUUCUGCUCCUCCAACUCAAUCUACGUCCAAGGGUCAAGCGGAUGAUUCCAAGAAUGCUGUGAAGGAAACAUUGGAAAUUCUGAAUUCCGUGUCCGACUCCACAGGUCCAACGGAAACGGAUCAAGGUAGUGACAAUGACGGUAGCAGCUUCUCUUGCCCAUCUUCUCCUUCACAAGGAUUUGGAGAUCUAGCACCACUACCAUUGGAAAUCACGGAAGCAGUCCAAAUGCAACAAGGUGAGACGAGUCCAAAGCAGCAUGAUUUCAACACACCCAAACGACUACGGAUAUUGAGACAAGCUGAUGGAGGAGAACCUACUGUUGCUACCCCGGAUCAUUCGCGAUAUAACUUUAGCCCAGGCUCCAUUGUCGCCUCUUCUGUGGGUGCUCCUUCCGCAGUUCUGGAUCCAUUGGAAGAAUAUGAGAAUACCUUUUUGAAUGAACAAACGAGGCUCUUGGAGAUCCCUCGGAUUGGUGAAAAGCCUCAACAAACGGGUGACUUGACUACAAGCCCCGCAAUUCACGAUGCAGUGGAGAAGGCCAAACGAACUCGAAGGAUACGAAUGCUUCGACGACGAUUGGAUGACGAGGAUAACUUCUCGUCAGAGACUCGGGAAGGCGGUGGUGUAGGCACAGAUGAAGAAACAAAGAGUGGACAUUACCAUUUGGAUAGUUUCCCAAUGAAUGGUCAUCAGAACAAUGGUAUUGCAACUCAAGGCUCCAAUCUUUCACCGCGACCGCAGCCUGACGAAGCUUUAGAAGAGAGACCUCUGGAAGAACCAAUUUUGGGCACAACAUCACUCUGCAGCCCCACGCAGCCCAGCCUAAUGGAGACGGCUUCUGUUGUUGGCAUACCCCUGAUUGCGCCAUCUCCAUCCUGUUGUGCAGAUGACAAACAGUACUUCAAGGAAAAGAAGAAUGAUGAAUACAUGAACAACUAUUUUUACCUUUCCCGCCGUGGAGGCUCCGAACGUCGAGAUCUCCAAGGCCGAAACUAUCGUCGUUUUAUCUGUGCCGAAACAAUUGAUAAAACCGGAAUCCUUUGCCAAGAUGUUGGAGCAACCUGCAACGACUUGGAUCACUUGUUCCUUGGGUCCAACGAAGAAGGAACAGAAAAGGUUGCCAGCUCUACCCAAUCGGCGAGCUCGCAAGCCUCAGGGUGGUUCAGUCAAAUUGGACUGGGCUUCCUAUACGGCAGUACAGAGAAGAAGAGAAUAGGCGACGCUACAUCGCGAGAAUAA